GAGAGAGAGAGAGAGAGGGAUUCUCGAAGCCAGAACUGUCGGGCAGUUUCGCUAAACCCUAAGAAGAGCCGGAGAAGCUGAAGUGAGCUAAACAAUUUCAGGGACUCGAAAUCUCGGGAUUUUGUUCAUCAAUUCGUCUAUCAGAAUGCUGAGAGAUUUCAAAUUCCUGCGUCGUAAUUCAAGCAAGAAAGAUGAAAUUGAGAAUGUGCCUGUAAACCAUGGAGAUUCUGCUGAGAUGCAUGCAUCUACGGACUCUUCUAGGGCUCCACUGAACGCCAUUCAAGAUCCGAACCCCCCAAAUCCUAGACCCGAGGAGGAAGGUGUGAGUACUCGGGGUAGAAUUGAUAGGACACCAACUAAUCCCUCCCUCCGCACCCCAGAUAAGCACAUAUUCGCAUCCUCAGCGAAGAAUCAACGGUUUGGGUGGCCACAGAAGAGUGAUUCCAGCAUGAUUGCAAAGGAAUCCAGAGAUGAUACUAUGUCAGUAAGUCGAGGUGGGUUGGUGAAUGCCACUCCGAGACCCAGUAGGACGAUUGGGAGGGCUAACUCGGGGUACUCAGAGAGUAAUUCCACGCAGAGCACACCCACAAAGAGUGUUUCAAAGCCUCCCAACUCAGGGCUCAGAGGCAAAAUUGAUGGUAAUAUGACCCGUGCUGGGAAUUUUGCAGCAUUGUAUAAGGGGAUGCCAAGUGCUGCUGGUGGUUUGGCUACCACAGUUGUUAAUACAGUUGAAGUUCCACAUUUUGAUCUCAAAGAGGAUCCUUCAUUUUGGAUGGAUCACAAUGUACAGGUUCUUAUACGUGUCCGUCCUCUCAAUAGUACGGAACGGAGUUUAUACAGUUAUAACAGGUGUCUGAAGCAAGAAAGUGCUCAAAGCAUUACUUGGAUUGGGCAACCUGAAACUCGAUUCACAUUUGACCAUGUAGCAUGUGAAACAGUGGACCAGGAAAAGCUUUUUAGGAUGGCUGGCCUACCUAUGGUGGAGAAUUGCUUGUCAGGCUAUAAUAGUUGUAUGUUUGCUUAUGGCCAGACUGGAAGUGGGAAGACAUAUACAAUGCUUGGUGAAAUUGAUGAUAUAGAGGUCAAGCCCAGUGCACAUCGUGGAAUGACACCACGGAUAUUUGAAUUCUUGUUUGCAAGGAUCCAAGCUGAAGAGGAAAGCCGAAGGGAUGAAAAACUGAAAUACAAUUGCAAGUGCUCUUUCUUGGAGAUAUACAAUGAACAGAUAACAGAUCUUCUUGACCCUUCAUCAACCAAUUUGCUUCUGCGUGAAGACAUUAAAAAGGCUGUCUAUGUGGAAAAUCUCUCUGAAUUUGAAGUAUGCACAGUCAGCGAUAUUCUAAAGCUUCUAAUUCAGGGGUCUUUAAAUAGGAAAGUUGCCGCAACAAAUAUGAAUAGAGAGAGCAGUCGUUCACACAGUGUCUUUACCUGUGUAAUUGAGUGUAGGUGGGAAAAGGAUUCCACCACCAACCUAAGGUUUGCAAGGUUAAAUCUAGUUGAUCUUGCAGGUUCAGAAAGGCAGAAAACUUCGGGUGCCGAGGGUGAGCGUCUAAAGGAAGCUGCCAGUAUUAAUAAAUCACUAUCCACACUCGGUCAUGUAAUUAUGAUUCUAGUGGAUGUGGCAAAUGGAAAACCAAAACAUGUUCCUUACAGAGAUUCAAGAUUGACCUUCCUUCUUCAGGACUCACUUGGUGGAAACUCAAAAACAAUGAUCAUUGCUAAUGUUAGCCCUUCUACCUGCUGUGCAGCUGAAACCCUGAACACCCUUAAGUUUGCUCAGCGAGCGAAACUUAUUCAAAAUAAUGCUGUUGUGAAUGAAGAUUCUACUGGCGAUAUAGUUGAGCUACAACACCAGUUACGGCUUCUAAAAGAGGAGCUUUCUCUGCUUAAACGUCAGAAUGUCUCUAGGUCCUUGUCAUUUGGUUCAACCAGUGUCAAAGAUACAGUUCAACUACAGGAUAAUGAUUUCACAGAAAUGACUGAUGAAAUGAAUCAACCAGAGGGUGAUGAUUCGAGUGGAUAUGAAUCCAGAGGCAUUGUGAGAUUGUCAACCAAGCAGUUAAAAUCAUUGGAGACAACGCUUGCUGGUGCACUGAGGAGAGAGAAGAUGGCCGAAAUUUCUACCAAGAAACUUGAAGCUGAAAUUGAGCACUUGAAUCGUUUGGUUCGCCAAAGAGAGGAAGACACCAGGGGCACUAAAAUGAUGCUAAGGUUCCGGGAAGACAAGAUUCAAAGAAUGGAGUCCCUUCUUGGUGGCUUUUUACCUCCAGACUCUUAUUUACAGGAGGAGAAUAGAGUAUUAUCUGAAGAGAAUCAUUUGCUUCAGUCUAAACUUGACAAAAAUCCUGAAGUAACUCGCUUUGCAUUGGAGAAUAUAAGGCUUUUAGAACAACUCAGAGGAUUUCAAGAAUUCUAUGAAGAGGGGGAGAGACAGAUACUUUUGGGUGAAGUUUCCAAACUGCGAGACCAGCUGUGUCAAUUUCUUGAAGGAACCACUAAGCAACAUAAUGAUCCAAGUUUGAAAAUUCAGCCCCAGGAAGCAAUGCGCAUCAUCGAAGAAAAUGAUUCUCUUCACUUAGAGUUGAAGAACACUCUCAAUGGGUUAGAGGAAUGCCGGCAUAACUUGAAUUCUUGCUUAGAGGAGAAUGAAAAACUUAGAAGAGAGAUGCAUGAUUUGUGCUUAAUCAUAACUGAUCUAAAGUCUCAGCAAGAUGAUAAAGUUGGCAACACAGAAACCAUCAAGGAUUCACUGAGAGCAGCACCAACUGAAACUCACACAACAAUGUGGAAUGAAUUGGACGGGGUGCAUGCUACUCUGACGAUGAAUAAUGCAGAAGAAAUCAUGAAUCUGCAGCUAGAACUUGAUAUACUAAAGAUUAUGCUCAAAGAAGAGAGAUCAUCUCUUUCUGACACAGAGGAGAGAGUAGUACACCUGAAUAGCAAUCUUCACCUGGCGGAAGUAAAUCUUUCAUUGGUGAGAAAGCAAUAUGAAGAUGCAUCAAAUGAAUUGAAAGAGGCAAAGUCUAUUUUAGAAGCUCUCGAGUCCCAGCAGAUUUUGUCAAUCAAUGAAUUGGAGGACCUGAGAAGAAGUGACAGUCAUCAUGUGAAGCUUUUAAGAGAACAGGGGCUUGAAAUUAUUGCAUUGAAGAAACAACUUAAUAGAAGAGAGCUGAGAGAUCACCCAACUAAUUGCUCGGAAAGUGAGAACUCCAUUGUACAGGUGAAAUUGGAGAAGAUGCAGAAUUCUCUUGAGAAGGCCAAAAGACUGAAUAUGUGGUAUCAAAGUGAUCGUGCAUUUCAGACAUCUAACGAAGAGGAAAUGGAAGAAAUUCGUCAGCAGGUGGAAGCUGAAACUGCUGAGGUGAUUGUUUGCAUGGAGGCAGAACUUUCCACUCUUCAGCAGCAGCUUCAAGUUUGCCAUUUGCAGGAGACAGAGAUGAAAAAUAAUGUUAAGUGUUUGGAGAAUGAAUUAAAGGAGUUGCAGAUAAAACUAUGCCUCAUGACGGAAGAAAACAAGUGUUUACAUGGAGAGUGUGAGGAAAAAGAUGGAGAACUAAGAACAAUGGUUGAACAAUGGGAGUUAUUGGCUUGUGAAAUUGAAGAACAUCUUGCUGAUGGACAUGACUCCCUCAUUAAUGCAUCUGAUCAACUUGAACUUAUUUCCAGUACUUUUCCACAGAAAAGGGUUUUGAUCUCGGGAAAAGUUGCCAAGUUGGCUAGAAUUAUUGCUGAGAAGGACUUGUUGAUUGAAGAACUUGGCAGAUGUCUAGAUGAUGCAAACAAUAAAAGAAGUGAGGUGGAGCACAUGCUAAAGUCCUUGAAGGGGGCAGUGAUGGUUAUUAAUGAAUCCCACCAGCAGGAGUGCAAUGAAAAAGAGAAAGAGAUUCUCAUGUUGUCAUCUGAAUUAAGAGCAAAAAUGUCUGUCAUUCAAAAGUUGGAGAACAAAACAAAAAUGGCAGAACAUCAUGCUAAUGAAGCAUCUGUUUGUGCAACAGUUGCAUUUGUAAUUGUGAAUAGAUUGUCAGAAAUUAAGUUAAAUAAUCUCAUUGCCUUAAAGCAUCAUGAAAUUCAACUUACUGAAUUAGAAGAGGUGAACUUGAGGAAGGAUACACUUCUCAGCAACCAAGCUGCAAUGAUUGAAAAAGCCGACCAAGAAAUCCAAUCUUUGAGAAGGGAUGUAACAGAGUUUGGGAAAACCUGUGCUGAACUUCAGCACAAGCUUUAUCAGGAAGAAAAACGUGCUUGCACCAUGGAGCAUGAGCUCAAAGAUAUCGAAGAAAAUGAAAUUACGAGAACAAGAGAGAAACUUUCAGAGCUAAAAAGUGGUGUAUGCGCACUCAGUUCAUGCAUGAAAAUGCAUGAUAGAAGUCCUGAUAGUAAUAAUACACAAGAAGCUUAUGGAUCUGUUGAUGGCAGUGGUGAGAAACGGACAAAUGCUGACACAAAUCCACAAGCUUUAGACUUGCAUUUACUAGAAGAUGUGAAAAAUGAUGUGUCCGAAUCUUCUUUUAAAUUUGGAGAAAGUACAGAUGACAAGGAAGACCUGAAGUCCAGGAGCUGCAAAGAUACAUUUUGCAGAGAUAUUACCGUCAUUCUUUUGAGAAAGGAAAUAGAAUCUGCCCUUAGAAGCUUACACAAAGUUGAAGCUGAGAUGGCCAAACUAAAGGAUGAAGAAGAGAUUUCUAUGUCUAACAAGCAGCGGAGUCAGGAAAGCAUUAAUUUUCUCACAAUUCAGAUACUUGCCUUGCAAGAAGCUAUUGAUGACUUUGGAAAGAAAUUUGAUUUGAAGAUUGAAGCUGUCAAUAAUAAGCUACAAGCAUUUGACCAAAUUGUGCAAGAAGCUGGAAGUCUUUGGUAUCAGACAAAAGAGUGUCUUGUGUCCGAAGUUGGAGAAGCCAAGAUAAUUGCUGCCCAAAAAGCAGCAGAGGCUUCUUGUAUUUUUGCUAAGUUUGAAGAGGCCCAAGAUACCAUGGAAGAAGCAGACAUUAUGAUCAAUGGAUUGUUGAUAGCUAAUGAAACAAUGAAGCUUGAUAUAGAGAGGUUGAAGAAAGAUGAAGUCGUAUUAACCGACGAGAGGGAUACAUUUAUUGAUCAGGUUCACAGCUUGCAAUCCCUGAGUGAUCUAAAGGAUCAACAACUUGAAGACCUUGAAAAACAGUUGUGCUCGAAUGUGUUGGAAACAAGGGAUAUUCUUGCAGAUCUCGAAGGCACUUUUGAACUGCUACAAACAAGUUUCAACGAAAACUUUGCGUUCCUGUCGUUGAAUUUUUUUUCCAUGAAGCCUCUGGCUUUAGACUCUAUGAAGUUGGUACGGUCUUGGCUCGAGGAUGUCUGGUCUGAGAUAGUUGUGAAGGAUUGUGCUGUAUCUGUGCUACAUCUGUGUCAUAUGGGAAUUUUGUUGGAAACAGUAACUGGGCUAAAUACAGAAAAUGGCUUGCUACAACAUGGAUUGUGCGAAUCAAACUCGGUUAUGGCUGAUCUAAGAAUACGCAAUUCUAGGUCAAGUAGAGAGCUUGAAAUGUGCAGAACUCUUAAGGGGAAACUACUGGCUGACAUCAAGAACAGUUUCGAACGAAUUUCAAUGAAAGAAGAAGAAACAGAGGAGUUUACAGCUAAAUUAAUGACUUUUGGGAAAAAGAUCUUGGACCUACAACUUCAAGAGGAAUUGAUGUUAGAAAGGUCAAGCUAUGUGGGAUCUCAGCUUGCUAUUCUGAUGAAGGAGCUGGAUUUGAAUAAUGCAAAUUUUGCAGCAUCUUUUUCGGAUCAAGAGCGGCUGCUGCAAGAAAAAGAGGAGGCUCUAAAAUCUCAGGCUGAGUUGUUCAUUAUUGAACUGUGGUCUAAAGACUUGGAGUCACUUAUCUUGGCAUCAGAGCUAGAAGAGAUUUAUUGUCAAAAAGACCAUGCAGAGAGAGAGUCUUCCCUAUUUGGUGCUGCACUUGAAAAUUUAAAGCUACAAAUGAUUCUAUCCAAGUUGGAUGCAGAGUUAGGAGAACACACCAUCGUAGCCAAGGAAGAGGAGCUAUCACUUCUGCUGAAAGAAAUUGAGGAAGUGGAAAGAGUGAGGUGGGACCUAUCGUCAAGGUUGAGCCUAAGUGAUUCAAAAAUCAGAGAUAUGGAUGAAGCAAAUAAGGCUCUUGGAAAUGAGAUUAAACUGCUAAAAGAUGCUGCUUGUGCCAAUGAUAUGUUGAGAAGUCAGAUUAAUGAAGUUACAGAAUCUAGGUUGAGACUGUUGAACCAAAAUCAAGAACUUGAAGUCCAAUGCCAGAAAUUACAAGAGGAUUUGAAGAUGAAUGAGGUUGCUUUAGAAAGUUAUCUGAGUCAGAACUCUGACCUUGAUCAUCAGAACAAAAGGUUUCAGAAAGACAUUUGUGCACUGGAGAUAUCAUCAAGCGAACUUUGCAAUGAGUUAGACAAGAAAAAAGCAGAGCUAAGCGAAAUGAUCCUUUUUGAGGAGGAAAACAGUUCACUUAAACUUGAACUAGAGAGGUUGAAGAGAGAAAACAGCCUGAUUCUCCAAGAAUUGGAGGAGAAAAAAUCAGAAGUUGAGUCAUCUCUAUGCAGUGUAGACACCUCUGAUACAGAAAAUAGGAGAUUGAAAGAUGAAAUUUGUUCUUUGGAGACUCUUAAUUCCAGUUUGCAAAGUGAUGUGGAGAUGAAGGCCGCGAAACUAAGGGAUCUACAGCAUUCUCAGUCUGUAAUCGUGGAGGAUUUAUGCUCAAAAACCUUGGAUUUGCAAACUAGUACUGAGAAAACAAAUGAGUUGAAGGGAGAGAACAAUCUAUUGAGAAAUGAACUCAGGUCUCAUAGGAAAUAUUGGAAAGACUCUCUCACUAUUUCAAGCUUAAGCAUAGUUAAGUGCAUAGAUUCAGAAGAAACUGUACAUAAUAAGGCUAGGAGGUUAUUUGAUGAUCUGAGUAGAGAAAAUUCUACAGUUUUUAAUAAAAUGUUUCAUGAAAUGUUUGAAACAAUUGACAAGGCAGCCAUGGCCAUUGCAGAGUUGGAGUCCCUGGAGGUUAAUGCUAAAGAGCUGGUGUCUGAGAACAUGAUGCUGCAGGCUGAGUUGGUAAGGAAAGAAGAUGUCCUGAAAGGGUUGUUAUUCGAUCUGAGCCUAUUGCAGGAAACUGCAUCUAGUACCAAAGAUCAAAAAGAUGAAAUGGAGGAAAUGGAGGCUUCCUUGGAGGCUUUAGAAGAUGAGCUUGCAUUGAAAUCAGGUGAGCUUGAUGAGGCUGUUGCCCAUAGACAAGCCCUUGAAGUUCAGUUGCAAGAGAAGAUUGAAAUGAUAUCUGAUCUUAAACUGGAUCUCGAGAAGGAAAAGAAGUCUCUAGAAUUGCUUUCCUUUGAAAAUAUGGAUCUCAGAGCUCAUGUUAAAGAAAACAUUGCAGACAAAUGUUCUAUUGAAGAUGAAUUAAUCCAAAGAAAAAAAAUGACUGAGAGCUUGGAGAUGGAACUCUCAGAAAUGAGUAAUGCUCUUGGCCAAAUGAAUGACAUGAUUGAGUCCUUGAUGGUAAAUUUGAAUGAUAUUACUAGUGAGAGAGAUCAGAUAAGCAUGGAUGUUCUCAGUUUAAAGGAAAACCUGGAGAAGGCCCAAGCUCAGGCUGAUGCAAAUGAAGCUAUUGCAGUGGAAGCUCAACAGAUAGCUGAAUCAAGAAAAAUCCAUGUGGAAGAUAAGGAAGUAGAGGUGAAGCUAUUGGAAAAGUCUGUUGAAGAGCUAGAGCGUACAAUAAAUGUACUAGAGAACAAGGUUGAGAUUGUUAAACAAGAAGCUGAACGGCAACGAUUGCAAAGAGAAGAACUAGAAUCAGAGCUUCAUGCUGUAAAUCAUCAGAUGCAGAAUGUUAGGAAUGCGGAUGGUGAUAUAAGAAGGCAUUUGGAUGAGAAGGAAAAGGACCUUCAACAAGCAAUAUUACAUAUACAUAGUCUUGAAAAGGAUAUAGUGUACAAGGAUGCAGAGAUAUCCCAAUUUAAAGCUCAUGUCUCUGAGCUAAAUUUGCAUGCUGAAGCCCAAGCCACUGAGUUCAAGCAGAAGUUUAAAGCAUUGGAAUCAAUGGCUGAUCAAGUUAGACCUGAAGGUCAUUUCAGCCAUGUUGCAAAUUCUUCAGCAAACAAGUUGGAGAAAAAUGCAGCAAAGUCUAGGGGUUCUGGUUCCCCUUUCAAAUGUAUUGGAUUGGGGUUGGGACAACAAAUAAAGUCUGAGAGAGAUGAGGAACUUACUGUGGCAAGUCAGCGUAUUGAAGAGCUAGAAUCCUUAGCAGUUAGUCGACAAAAGGAGGUGUUUGCCUUGAAUGCCAGAUUAGCUGCUGCGGAAAGCAUGACACAUGAUGUCAUCCGUGAUUUACUAGGAGUAAAACUGGAUAUGAAUAAUUGUGUGUCGUUAUGGGAUAAUCAGCAAGUACAGAAGAUUGCUGAGAAGGCUCAACUUGAUAAUUCAGAUUUUCAAGUAAAGGACCAGGAGGUUGUCAAACUUAAGCAGCAGCUCAAUGAAUUUAUUAAGGAGAGGCAAGGAUGGCUAGAGGAAAUCGAUCGAAAACAGGCUGAAAUGGUAGCUGCACAAGUAGCAUUGGAAAAGCUUUGUCAGCGAGAUCAAUUACUUAAAACUGAAAACGAAAUGCUUAAGAUAGAGAACACAAAUCAUAAAAAGAAGCUGAUGGAACUCGAAGGAGAAAUAAAUAAGCUCUCUGGCCAACAAAAUCUCCAGCAGCGCAUCCAUCAUCAUGCCAAAAUCAGGGAAGAAAACAAUAUGCUGAAAAUUCAGAACGAAGAUCUAAGUGGGAGGCUGCGACGAACAGAAGUUGUUCUUUCACGUGUGAAGGAAGAGCUUGCUCAUUAUCGUGCUUCUAUAGGAAAAGGUCCACAUAUAAAUUUUGAUGAAGAACGACGGUUGAACAACAAACUGAAGGAAAUUGAGGAGGACAGAUUGCAAUUAGCUCAGAAGUUGUUGAACUUGUGCACCAAUGUUUUGAAGGCCGCGGGAAUUACAAAACCUUUAGCUGAUGUUAGUCCUAAUGAUGCUGAAGAGGCGCUCAAGCAACUGACUAAUAAACUUACUUCUCUGGAAAAAGAACUACAAAACUUCAAAUUCAAGAAUAGAAUUGCCGGUGAAAGAAAUAAAUUGUCCGAGCUUCUGCCUCAGUCUCCACCAUUGAGCUUAAGGAUAGGUGAGAACUGUCAAUCUCCGAGAAGGGUUUCGCAGACUCAAUUUCUAUCUUCUUUAGAUAGAUAAACAUCUGAAUUAAACAGCAAGGCAUGGUAUCUAUUUGCUACCAGUUGUGUUUACUACAAGUUGCUUGCUGUACUGUAUUGAUCAUUUUUAUAUGAUCUCAUUUUCUGGCGGGUUAAGCUGUACAGUAAUUAUUCUUCAAUUGUAUUGUAUUCUUGUGAAUAUAUUCAAUGAAAAUCAAUAUUUAUAAAUUUUUUGGCUGUC